GACACUUUUUCCUUUGGACGGGUUUGGCAAAGGAGACAUUGGGCUGGCUGGCUGUGAGGCACAAAAGAAAUCUUCCUUACAGCGCCACAUGCACAGAUGUAUCGCUGCGCCCCUCUGCGGGCGGGGACCCGGCUUGGCAGAUGGCGAGAAGCCGAACUGGGUAGGGAUUGUCCAUCAAAUGGCACUUUCUGGGUGGCGGGGAUCUCGCGGCGUCCAGGCGCAAAGAGGAAUACAAGGGACCCCCUUUGCUGGCCUAGGCAGUGCCUCCCAGAAGUGAGGGGGUCAUGUUGGUUUGGGCGGAUAGGUUAAGUUUUUUUUUACUUCCCUCUUCAAUAAAAGAUCCGCUACAAGACUUGCGAAGGGGCUGAGAAGGGAGGUGGCCGGGCCCAGAGGGCACCUGCUAUGGUUGGCGAGGAGAGCAGGCUGGGAAGCAAGAUCUCCUGCACGGUUCAGUUCGGGGGUGCCGGGAUUGCUUCUCUGAGGGGUCAGCGCUGCAACUCUGUCGCCUCGGGGCAGCGGUGACAGGCACACGCCCCGCCCUUUCUCCUCCCAAGACCUGCGGGCUUUUGUUAUGCAGAUGGCGGCAGGAGGCUGUGCCGGAGGAGGAGGGGGUUGGUGGGGAGGAGGAGAGACGGAGAGGGGGGAGGAAAGUACAGCUCGCGCGACCAGCCUCCUCUUCCAACGUCACAUUGUGCGAGAGACAAAACCCGGGCGCGCCUGAGCUCACACGCGCACGCACACACAGACGACCCUGUCGCCUCUUCUCUCCUGGCGCUGCCGAGAAAGCCAGCCCUGCCUUCCCUUCCUGGGGCGCGGAGGCUCAGCAAGCUCAGAGCUCAGCCCAGAGACAACACAGAAGGCGAAGAAAGACGGUGGAUAAGCCUUCUUUCUCCCCUGCCUGCCCGGGCUGAGGCGCCCCAUCCCCCGCCCUGAACCCCGAUCUCUCCCACCCCACCCCUCUCGCUUUCACGCGAACUGAGCCCGGAGCCCGGUGUGCCCCCGUUUGGAAUCCACGUUUCAGCACUUCGGACAGCGCCCGGGCGCCCCGGGCCCCUUUGGGUUGGCUAUGGCGAGCGUUCAGCAAGGCGAGAAGCAGCUUUUUGAGAAGUUCUGGCGAGGAACCUUUAAAGCUGUGGCCACCCCGCGUCCCGAGAGCAUCAUUGUCGCCAGUAUCACGGCCCGCAAGCCGCUGCCAAGGACAGAACCCCAGAGCAGCCCUGUGGUUCCAGCUCAGGAUGGACCCUCGGAAAAGCUGAGCCAGCAUCUGGCCACCGAGACCUUGGGCACCAACAGCUGGGAGAGAGACAAGGCCUGCCGGGAGCUCAGUCCUGCCAGAGCACGCAGUGCCUCCUGUGACAAAGACCUGACGCCACCAACUUCCUCCAGGGGGAAGAAGAAAAAGAAGAAAUCCACCCGGAAGAAGAGAAGGAGGUCCCCAUCAUACAGUCCAUCGCCUGUCAAGAAAAAGAAGAAGAAAGGUUCCAAGAAACAUAAGCGACACAGGUCAUUCUCCAAGAAGAGAAGGCACAGCUCCUCCAGCCCAAAAAGCAAAAGAAGGGACGAGAAGAGGCACAAAAAACAAUCACGAAGCCGGCCCCGAAAGUCUCACCGUCACCGCCAUCACCAUUGCCCCUCCAGGUCCCAGAGUUCGGAGACCCGCUCCUCAAGCUGUGAGAGCAGGCACCGCGGCAGGUCCCCCGAGGAAGGGCGGAAGUCCCGCCGAAGGCACUCCCGCCGCUGCUCCGAGACCCUCGGCAAGGCCAGCCCCGAGGCCCGCUCCAGCCACCCGCCCAGCCAGCCCCUCCAGAUGCUCAGCCUCCUGUCGGCCAGGGGUGUAAUCACUGGGUCGGGGUCUGCAGCUGACCUCUUUACCAAAACAGCCAGCCCGCUCACCACCUCCCGAGGACGCUCCCAGGAGUAUGACUCAGGCAAUGACACCUCCUCACCACCCUCCACGCAAAUCAGCUCAGCCAGGUCACGGGGUCAAGAGAAGGGGAGCCCCGGUGGGGGCCUAAACAAGAGCCGGGAACUCAACUGUGGAAACACCUCUGAUUCAGGGAACUCCUUCACCACCUCCUCACCCCAGAACAAGGGGGCCACUUUGGAGAAUCUCUCCCCCACCAGCAGGGGCAGAGAGUCAAGAGGAUUUCAGUCGCCAUGUCUGGAAUGCGCGGAGGUGAAGAAAUCCGGUUUGGUCCCAGCCACAGCCCGGAGCUCCCCCAUGAGAGGAUGCUCCCGCAGCCCCUCCUAUGCCAGCACCCGCUCUUCCAGUCACUCCUCCCGAUCCCCAAACCCCAGGGCCUCCCCCAGGUACACCCGAAGCCGAUCCACCUCCUCCGGGAAAAGGUCCUACUCUCGCUCUUCCAGCUAUUCCUCCAAGUCUGGCAAGAGGAGUCCCCCCAGCAGAAACUCUCGAUCGCGCCGCAGCCCCAGCUAUUCGCGGUACAGCCCGAGCAGGGAGCGGGACCCCAAGUACAACGAGAAGGACUCGCAACAGCGGGAGCGCGAGCGAGCGCGUCGGAGACGGCGGUCCUACUCGCCCAUGCGGAAGCGCCGGAGAGACUCCCCGAGCCACCUGGAGGCGCGGAGGAUAACCAGUGCCCGGAAGCGCCCCAUCCCCUACUACCGGCCCAGCCCGUCUUCGUCCAGCAGCCUCAGCAGCACCUCCUCCUGGUACAGCGGCAGCAGCGGCCGCUCUGCCAGCCGCAGCUAUUCCCGCAGCCGCAGCCGCAGCCGGAGCCGCAGCCGCAGCCGCAGCCGCAGUCGGAGCCGCAGCCGCAGCCGGAGCCGCAGCCGCAGCCGGAGCCGCACCCGGAGCAGGACCCGCACUAGCAGCAGCUCGGGCUCCCGCAGCCCCAGCCUGGGCUCCCGGAGCCGCAGCCGGAGCUACAGCUCAGCAGACAGCUACUCCAGCACGAGGCGCUAAACGAGGGCCUUCCCUUGAGCCGGCUGCCUGGGGGGUGGGGGGCCCUUUCCCUCUGCCGGCCUCCCCCUCUCCCUGCCCACCCUGCCUUCUCCUUGGUGACAGACAUUGAGGGCUCCUGGACCCUGUCCUUCCUGCUCUCCGGGGGGGUAGGAAACGAAAGUACAGGGGCUUCGGCCUCUAUAUCAAGCUGCUAGGAGCCUCCACCAGCACCACCCUGGGGCUCAACACAGGCCUGGUCAUAUGGAGAGAACCAUCCUCUGUUGGCACAAAAACCCUCCAGGUUUUGUAAGAAGCGAUGGGUUCAUGACUCAACAGUUUGGGCCUGGCCAGGAAAAACAGAGUUUUGCUAACCCACUGCUCACAGGAUGCAUAUGGGAGGCUAGGAGUCAUUUGUCACACCUGCCCUCAUUCUCCUCUCAUCCCGUCAUGUGUGGACCCUCACGGGGUGGGAGGGGAUGAGAGGAAACCAAGAGCAGUGAGGCCCAGGAGAGGGUGUCGCGCCUUUCACCUCCCCAAACAGGCCCAAGCAAAGGCCCGGAGGAUGCUUGAGGGGGAUAGAAGGGGACCUAUCUGAGUGGGGAAUGUGGAUGUUUCAGUUGGUAAGAAGUGUCAGGAGGUAGGAGAUGGGUUCUCUGCCUGUGAAUAUAGCAGCAAAGGGCAAGGGUCAUUCUGCCGCUCCCAAGAUCUCGGCACAGUCAGGAAGAGCAGUCCAGUAGAUUCUAGCAACGGAGAGGCCACCACAUGGCUUAGACAGCCUCUUGGCUGUUCACAGGGCCCCUGAACCUCACUGAGAAAAGACACAGUGGACAGUCAGGACAGCUUGGUGUGCAGCCCCACAUCCCAAGUUUGCCUCAGCCCCCACUGGCUGGCACCAGCUUAAUUCCACAGGACCAUCUGCUGAACAUUCCCCAGGGCCGUGGCCGGCUGCCAGUCCCCAGCGCCAGCCAGUCUGGCCUUACCCUCCAGUUGGAGCCCGCCUGCCCCCUCCCCACCGCCCAGACUGCCACACCCUGGAUCCCACCCAGUGUGGCUGAACCAUCUAAACCCGCCCUCAGCCUAAGCUACCCCCUUUGCCUCUCAGGAAUGUUGCUGGGAUGGGGCAUAGUAGCUCAGGUUUUGGGGAAAGACCCAAGUCCAGAGAGUCUGGGGGGACAGGGGCUUGGGAACUCCAUGGCUUCCGAGGCUUCCUGUCAGCCAGAGCCCACCUUUAUUUCUGCCCUCUCCCUGUCUUCCCCCUGCCCAGGGCUGGGCAGCAUGGGUAAGCUGAUCUCUGACACACAAACACCACCAGCUGCUUCACCCACAGAAGGCACUGAGAACAGGGGUGUGAGGGAGAAGGUCCUUAAAAUAAACUCCUGGGCACCCCCCACACCAGCUGACCGGCCUUCCGGAGCCCUGUGGGUGAAUGUCAAGUUUGCGGUGGCAACAGCGGCAGGGCAGGGCAUGGAGGGAGAUCGUGACGGGGGACAGUCCACAGCUCUGGAUACUGGGGGGCAAGUUAUGGGGAAGCAGGGACCAAACACUCUUCUUCCUUCACACCCCAGGGACAGCAUUUGGGAAAAAAUCCCUUUUCUUGACAUCAGUGACCCGUCUCCCCGACCCCUUGUCUUUCCCAGUCCAUCAGCCCGUGGGGCCAGAAACUGCCCUGCAAACUCCCGCAAGUCCUUCUUCCACCAGAAGAGCAGCGAGAGGUGCCCCAGACAGCAUGGGGUGACCUGGCCUUCCCCCGAUGCCCUCUGGCCCGGCCCUGGGCCCCACCCGCCAAGACUGACAGAUGCCAGUGCUGUCACCACAGAAGGCCGGAUGGCAGGUGCCUGGGACAGGGGCAGGUGCCCUGGGAGGGCAUGUACAGCAACUGUAAAUAACCCUCUUCCCUGCCCGGGAAACCAGCCUGGGCUCCAGUCUCCCAUCACGGAGACAAAGUCUUCUCCGAGCCACAGAACCUCUGGAGCCACGGACCCUCCUUAGCAGGACAGCAGUGACAGAGGCCUGGGAGCCUUCCGUCAGACUGCCUUCAGACAACUCUAGGGGACCAUUUUGCCUGGGGCUCCUAGCAAACCUAUUAUUUAUUUUAUUUAUUUAUGUUUAUUUAUUUAUUUAUGUGAUGAUCUCUCUCUCUCUCUCUCCCUUGGUUGCCAUUAGCAGUAUUCAACUAUUUAUUUAUUUAUAUGGAGAGGUGUGUGUGUGUGUGUGUGUGUGUGUGUGUUGCCAGGGGGCGGGGUGCUUCUGAAUUAUUUUUGUGCAUCUCUUUUUUUCCCUCGUGUCUUUGUGGAUGAGAUCUGAGAGGCCGGAUGUGGCUAGGGAUGUUGGCUUUGUUCCCGCAGGUGAGACCCACAGAGCUCUAAGUCCAAACAGCCUGGAAUUGGCCUGGGGAGGGGGACACCUCAGACCUAAGGUUCGUUAUGUCAGUGAGGUUCAGGCUUGCUCCCCAGCUCCCUGCCCACCAGCUACCUCACUGAGGUAUCAGAAAAAUGAAAACAUCCACAAGGCUUGUGAACUAAAGGCCUGAAAUGAUACACUGGAGUCACAGCUCACACGGGGGUUGGAGUCUAAAGUUAGCAUAAGCUAAGGUAAAACUUGCAGCGUCAAAAUCGUCGUGUGAGUGCUUUAGGGAGGCACCUGCUGGGAGACGGAUGUACUGUAUGUCGCCCACUGAUGAGGCUUCUUCGUCAGUACUGCAGGAGCUGUCUUGCGUUUGGGGGGCCAUGGUGGUUGAACUGGCAUCUGGUUUAGCACUGGGAUCGAACUUUGAGUGGACAAGGAGAAAGCAGGGCAGGAAUUGGGCUGAGGGAGUGGAGGGAAGAUGCACAUGGGGUCUCACCCUUACUCCAGCAGAGACAAUAGUGGGCAGGAUCACUCCCUAAGCGUCUCUGAGCAUCCUGGUGGGUUUUGUGUAAAUUAUACAUCCUUCUGCUUCCAUUGUAGCUAAUUUCUCCCCAUGCACUGAGGCUUUUCCAGGCUGCUCUCUUCCUUCUGCAGGAGGCCCACUGCUUCCUGGAGUGGUAUCAACCUCCCUAGGAGAGAUACACAGACCCAAAGUAGAAGCCUUUUGCUGGGAUCUCCUGCUUUCCAUCAGGGAAGAGCACAAAGCUAUUUCAGAAAUAAGAGAACGGAAAAAAAAAAAAAAGACAAGAUGAAAGGAGCAGCCGGAAGUUCCCCCAAGAAGGUCAUUGAGGGUCACAUCAAGCCAGGAUCUAGAGGCCUUUCUUUACCAGUCCUGCCCCUCUGACUGGCAAUGUCUUCCUGCUGCCUGCCAGAGAGGCCCCGCCCCCACCCUCUUUCCAAA